UUGUCGCGUUCAGGUGAGGACGCGAGGCUACAUCCAGUCCAUCCAUCAGUAUUGGACGUACCGAAUUGUUUCCGGGUUGAGAAUACCUACUACGCUUGUCGUACACCACUGGAGCGCGCAAAAUGGAUAGAAAACUCCAUCUCAAUCUCAUUUUCGCUCAUUCGUGGGCUUCGGCCAGAAGUGGAUGCGGCUAUGCGUGUACGUUAA